AUGAAACUUUCAUUGCUUUCAAUUCUAGUUGCAUGUGUCUUGUCAGGUCCAGCUUCUCUCCGUAAGUCAUCACAUCCACUCCUCACUCAAAAAGACAUCGACUUCAUAAAUCAAAGCCAAAAUUUAUGGACAGCUUCACUUGAUUGGAUUGACACUAUGACCCUUGAAGAAUUUAAGAUCUAUGCUUCAGUUCAGCCCAGAGCAAGAGAAUUCCCAGAAUUCAACUGGGGUGCAAUCCUUGAAAAUCUCCAGAUCCCAAGUGCUUUUGACUCAAGGACUCAGUGGCCAGGCUGCAUUCAUCCAAUUCUUAACCAAGAGCUCUGUGGCGGGUGCUGGGCUUUUGGAGCAACUGAAGCUCUAUCAGAUAGAUUUUGCAUUGCUUCUAACUCAACAGUUAAUGCUAUCCUUUCUCCUCAAUAUUUAAUUGACUGCAAUACGGCAAAUGGGGGAUGCAAUGGAGGAUGGCCUGAUGUAGCAUGAAACUUCAUGAUGACUAACGGAGUCCCAACGUCCCAAUGUGUUAUGUUUAAAGAUCGUAAUGAAAAAUGCCCAUCUACCUGUGAUAACGGAUCCCAAUUGCAAUUCUAUAAGGCUUCAAGUGUUAACCAGUUCAAUGGGCCAUCUGCAAUCCAAGCAGCAAUUCUUAGUGGAGGUCCAGUUGAGACCACUUUUACUGUUUAUGCAGAUUUCGGAGCUUACAAAGGCGGCAUUUAUUCGCCUACAACAAAUCAAAUCGUGGGAUAUCAUGCAGUAAAAAUUGUUGGCUGGGGUAACCAAAAUGGAACCAAUUACUAG